AUGCUUUCGCAAAUUCGACAAAUUUCCGACGGCAAUUACAACACAGUGUUUGUGAAGAACAAGGAGCAAAAGUUUAAUUUGGACAAAGAGAUUCACGAUUUGGAAUGCUGGAAACAAUCUCGCAACCAUGUUUAUAGAAAGGAAGAGAGAGAGUUACUGGGUCAUCUCGAUAAGUUGAGACAACAGCAAGAGUAUCUACAUCAUUUGGAUGAAGAGCGAAGUGGCCAUGUCAGGGGGAGUCAGACCUCUUCACAGAGACGACAUAGUAUACCUGGUUCCAUUCCGUUAACUCAGAAUGCCAGUAUACUUUCACCCCAAGGAAGAGACAGUAUCCAAGGUUUACUUGAUUUAAUGAUUACCUUAUCGUACUUAAUUUCGCGAUGUUUUCGUGGCAAUAUUUCGCGAUUCCCGAUAGGCGAAAAUAGAAAAAGGGCGUUAAAUUUCGCGAAAGCUUUCUGAACAAUAUUUUAUUUUCUAUAAAAUCUGAACUACAACUUUCGAAACAAGUCAACAUAAGGUAUAUACUGUCUGUACGGUAGUCCAUAAUGUUUUUUUCUAAUCAUUUUACUCAUCUUUAUUGCCGGUAAAAAGACUUAUUAGGCCUACUGAAUAAUUUUUUAUUUAUGUCGAUAUGUGAGCUGUACAUGUUGAUCAUAUUUAUCAAGAGUUUUCUGAUUCAAAUUUUUGACUAGGGUAUUUAAUUUCGCGUGUGUAAAUUUCACGAUUUUUUUAAAAUCGCCACAUUCAAGGCGCGGGAAAUUAAGUACGAAUAAGGUAGAUUUUAUCGUUAUGUUACGCGAAUAAUUUGGCUAAGAGCGACGCGAUUUUAUUCCGAUACAAUGCCAAUGUGUGAAUAUUUCAUUUGUUUAGAAAUGGACCCCCAUACCACACCAGAACUUCAAUACCAGUCUAGAACAUCUGUGCAUACUCCUAAUGCAACACUGCCCCCGGUAAUAUCUGGCACAGACAAGAGAGCCUUACAUCGUGCUGAGGCUCAUACCAAUAUCUGCCUUAUUUGUCAACUACCACGAUGGUCCCACGGCCAUCCCCCCGGCGAAGCAGUGUGCUGCUGUGAAGAACAGGAUGGGGCGAAAUUACCGACGAGAAGGUUUACGACAACUGGACGGGAACAGCAGAGUUUUGGACAUAUUGGGCCACCGAUACAAGUGGGUCAACGGCGUCAUAGCCUUAUGAUGGCUCGCCUGAAUGAAGGCCAAAAUGAACAUAAACCUCAUCCGCCUGAACGCGGGCAUACAGGUACGUGAGCUAUAGAUGUAACUGGGAUAUUAGAUUAGAGAAAGUAGUGUCAUCAUUCAUUGUUUUUGUUUUCACACUGUAGGAAAAAGCCAACAACACGAUCAUGCGAACACCGGGCAAGAUCACGUGCAUAUUCAUCAUCAUGUUCACAUGCAUCAUGACCAUGGACACCACCUUCAUCAUCAUGGCCAUCUUCACCACGGAGAUCAUGUGAACAACCACGUGAACAACCACAUACGAAACACGCAUGGACCACAUGAUUCACACGCUAGCCACGGACCACACGAUUUAUAUCACAGCCACAAUUCCUCUAACCAUGGGAAUGCUCACCAGAGUGGACACACGCAUCACAGUGGACACGCACAUCACGGUGGAGACGCACGUGACCACACUAACAGUGGACACGCACAUCACGGUGGACACGCACGUGGCCACACUAACAGUGGACAUAGAGGAAGUGCACAUGCCAGUGAUCACCACCGACACCAUCAAAAUGGCAGCCAUGACGAAACCCACACACCAAGCAACUCUCCACGAAGAUACUCCAGGCAGUCCUUCAACCAUUACAAUCCACAUAUAUCCAACCACGAGUCCAUAUAUCCACACCCUACUGGACAUCAGUACCACGCAAGACGCCACUCGACAGCGGGGAGCUUGGGAACUAAUGCCCAGGACUCUGACACACGAACGCGGGACCAUGAGUUACAUUGGGAUCGACACCAAGUUUGCAAACUCAAAGGAAUGAUAACAGACCCGCAUUAUAAAGAACAGCUAGAAGUUGAAAAUGGAAGAACAUACCCCUGGUCAGGACUGUAUCCUCCGAACAAAACGAGAGUCGAUGAUAUUGAAGCUUUAAAAAACUGUCGGUACUUACGAUUUUCCAAAUUGAACUUAAUGAGUAUGAAAGAAAAUCCUGAAGAAGAAGUGGAAGUGUUUGAAAAGGAGUCCCCACCUCCCUGA